GGAGCCUCGGGCACCGAGCGGGUGGAGUCGCCAGUCGGAGAGCGGUGGAGGCGGAUUUCCUGGGAGGGUUCUCUGGAGCUACCAUGGCGUUUGGGAAGAGUCACCGCGAUCCCUACGCUACCUCCGUGGGUCACCUCAUAGAAAAGGCUACAUUUGCUGGAGUGCAGACUGAAGACUGGGGCCAGUUCAUGCAUAUCUGUGACAUAAUUAACACCACACAGGACGGGCCAAAAGAUGCAGUAAAAGCUUUGAAGAAAAGAAUUUCCAAAAACUACAACCACAAAGAAAUACAACUUUCCUUGUCAUUGAUUGACAUGUGCAUGCAGAACUGUGGUCCCAGUUUCCAGUCUCUGAUUGUGAAGAAGGAGUUCAUUAAAGAUACUCUAGUGAAGCUGCUGAAUCCCAGAUACACCUUGUCCUUGGACAUUCAGAACAAAAUCUUGAAUUUCAUUAAGACUUGGUCGCAGGGCUUCCCAGGAGGCGUGGACGUAAGUGAAGUGAAAGAAGUGUACCUUGACCUGCUGAAGAAAGGAGUGCAUUUCCCACCGUCGGAUGCUGAUGCUGAGACAAGGCAGGAGGUUACUCAGCUCUCACCAAAUAGACCAACACCUGUCCCUACUGCACCCGCUCUUUCCUCUAUAAUUGCUCCCAAGAACCCAACUAUCUCAUUAGUUCCAGAACAGAUUGGGAAACUGCAUAGCGAAUUGGAUAUGGUGAAGAUGAAUGUGAAAGUGAUGACUGCCAUAUUGAUGGAGAACACUCCUGGGUCUGAAAACCAUGAAGACAUCGAGCUGCUGCAGAAACUGUACAAGACGUGUCGGGAGAUGCAGGAGAGGAUCAUGGACCUGCUGGUGGUAGUGGAAAAUGAAGAUGUAACUGUUGAGCUAAUUCAAGUGAACGAGGAUCUGAAUAAUGCCAUCCUUGGAUAUGAGAGGUUCACUCGAAACCAACAAAGGCUUUUGGAACAGAACAGGAACCUGCAGGAUGCCACCGAUACUUCUAAUGAGCCCUCUGCUCCUUCCUGCGAUCUUCUCGACCUUAGUCCCAUCGUGCCAACAACGCCUAUGGCCAAUGGGGAAGCACUCAACACCGUGAAUUCUCAGCUUUCAGCCUUAAGUGUCAGCUCUCUGAGUCCUGCAGUAACAAACAGCUUGUAUCCUAGUCUUCAUCCACAGGUGGAUUUGCUGGCAUCAGAAAAUACAGAAUUGCCCACCCUGUUUACCCAAAGGACCAGCCAAAACCUCGCCUCAAGUCACACAUAUGACAAUUUUCUGGAACAUUCCAAUUCAGUAUUACUCCAGCCAGUUAGCCUACAGACUGCCACAGCAGCUCCCUCGAGCCAGAGGUUGCCAACCUUGACCAGCAAUCAUCCAGUGAUAACAAACAAUGAUCUCCAGCCACCCAAUUACUACGAGGUAAUGGAGUUUGAUCCCUUAGCUCCUGCUACAGAAGCUAUUUAUGAAGAAAUUGAUGCUUAUCACCACAAAGAAGCCCAAAGUCACAGUGACUGCUAAGGUAAAAAACAAAACAAAAAAAACCCACUGGCUUAUGCAACAUAGAUUCCACAUAAUUCAGUGGGAUUAUCACAUUUUAUAUUAAAUUCCCUAAGUACCAUUUAAGUACAAUACUAAAUUCCUCUGAACUACUCAACACUAAUCAGUGCUCAUUAAUAACAAUCUCCAAAAAGUUGGUUUCUAGGCAGUCCAUACAUAUUAGAUAAACCAACAGAACCCAUCAACAGUGUUCCUGCAUCAGUUUUCCUAAAUGCCUGGUCUCCACUGACCUGUUCACUUUUUAUUCCUUCACAUUUUCAACCGUGGAAGAAGUGCAUUCCAACCUUCCCUAUGCUUAAUUUGUGUGGCUUUCCAAAGUCUUCCAGGAGUGCAGGAGGUGGGCCAAUGUCUUCCCUUUAUUUCAGAUGUAUGAUCAACUCAUUAGCAGCACAAAGGACAACUCUCUAAAGUAGUCCCUGCUCAACUGAGGCCUGAAAGACAAGACCUGCUAACAGAGAAAGAAAGCCAGUGGACCACUUCUCUGCCGUAAUGAAGCUUCAACAGAAUAGUUAACAUUUCUGGGUAACACUGCUGUUCCUGACAAUGGCUCAGGAUUUCAGGAGAAGCUGGCUGUAGCAACUACAACUUCAGCAGAAGGAGAACUGCCAGGUACUAGGCCAACUGGAUAAAUUGUAGACUCUUAUGCUGCACAGGCAUUCCUACCAAUAGAAAUCAUCACAGACCUAUAAGGGUACUUGAAGAUGGUCCUGCUACAAAACAUUGUGAACAGAUGGGGCAGGAAGUGAAGACAGUGAGUGCCUUCAUUUAACUGAAUUUGAAUGUAGAAGUCAGUUUGCACUUGUUUAUAAGUAACAUUUUGGUUUAAACUUGAUGACUGGUUUAAUUAUAUUUCAAGUGCCUGAGCAGAACAUUGCAUCAGGUGGCCUUUAUAAUGUUAAAUGUUCUUGCCUUUUAUUAUAAAUUACAUUUUGAAACAAAGGCUACUGGAAAACACUUAAAAUUAAAUGACUAUUAUGUCAGA